AUGGCCAACGACGAGUACGAUUUUCUCUUCAAAGUCGUCCUGAUUGGAGACUCAGGUGUCGGAAAGUCCAACCUGCUCAGCCGGUUCACGCGUAACGAGUUCAACCUCGAUUCCAAGUCCACCAUCGGUGUCGAGUUUGCCACGCGGUCCAUCCAGGUCGACUCCAAGACCAUCAAGGCACAGAUCUGGGAUACUGCUGGUCAGGAGCGGUACCGCGCCAUCACCUCGGCAUACUACCGCGGCGCUGUCGGUGCCCUACUCGUCUAUGACAUCAGCAAGCACCAGACCUACGAGAACGUCACCCGGUGGCUAAAGGAACUACGCGACCAUGCUGACGCGAACAUCGUAAUCAUGCUGGUGGGAAACAAGAGCGAUCUGCGGCACCUGCGGGCCGUACCCACAGAGGAGGCCAAGGCUUUUGCAAGUGAAAACCACCUCUCCUUCAUCGAGACUUCGGCCCUUGACGCCAGUAACGUCGAGCUUGCCUUCCAAAACAUCCUGACAGAGAUCUACCGCAUUGUGUCAAGCAAGGCUCUCGACAGCGGCGACGGCGCCCAGGCUACGAUUGGUGCAGGCACAAACAUUUCACUCAGCAAGCCGGCCGAGGACGCGACGGCAAAGAGUGGGUGCUGCUGA